GCUUACCAUUUCACCGUCCAAACCAUCAUCAUCUCCGGCUUGAAGCUAUUGUUCUAUUGUGCCCCACCUAUCAUCUAGAAGUAUAACGAUAUGCCGCCGAAAGCAGAUAUCAACAAGGCCGGUUGGGAACAGAGUGACUUUCCCAUUUUGUGCGAAACUUGUCUAGGUGAUAAUGCAUUCGUUCGAAUGUCAAAACAAGAAUAUGGCCGCUCUUGUGGUACCUGUGCAAGGCCGUUCACUGUUUUCCGCUGGAACCCAGGAACUGGAAUGCGCUACAAGACUACUGUGAUCUGUCAAACCUGUGCGAAGAUAAAGAACGUUUGCCAGACAUGUCUACUUGACCUGGAAUAUGGCCUUCCAACUCAAGUUCGAGAUACCGCCCUUGCCGUUGAAAACGACGCUCCAACAAGCGAAAUCAACCGAGAGUACUACGCUCAGAACAUGGAGAGCAGGCUGGAGGGAAGCAAGUCAUUGCUCGAUUCAAAUCGUGCUUCCUCAGCAGGGAAGGAAAUGCUCAAGCAGCUGGCCCGAACAGAUCCAUACUACAAGCGAAAUCGUGCGCAUCUGUGUUCGUUCUAUGCCAAGGGAGAGUGUAAUCGAGGGUCGGAUUGUCCCUACCGCCAUGAAAUGCCAGUCAAUAACGAACUCUCAAAGCAAAAUAUUCCGGAUCGCUAUCAUGGCAGAAAUGACCCAGUAGCACAUAAGAUCAUGUCUACGCAUGCCUCGACUUUGGGUUUGGCUCCACCAGAGGACAAAUCAAUUACUUCAUUAUUCCUGUCAUCGUUACCCUCGAUGGCGACUGAGGACAGCAUUCGUACAAGGGUUGUCCAAUCACUACCUUCUGUUCCGCCAUCACAGAUCAAGUCAAUCGUUCACGUUGCGAAGUCAAGGUAUGACAUCUUUGACUACUUGCACAGUUCUCAAGUUUACAGUCUGGGCUUAGAUGUGCUUUCGUUAACUUCAAAGAUCGUGAGACUGCUGAGACCGCAGCUCACGCAUGGGCUAAUGGAUUCGAGAUUGGAGAAGAGACUGCUACCGUGAAAUGGGGCCGGAGCAAAGGCGGGUCCAACGGCAAGCCAAAACCGGUAGCGUCGUCGUCAGAGUUUGCGGUGUCGUACGCGUUAUAGAUGUCCUCGCUUCGUCUACUUCGUUUUGUACUACUUUACAUGUAUAUUAUACACUGAUAUGCUUUGCUUGCCCGUCAUUAGUACAGUUUAUAAACCUAAAUUCUGCGAAAUUGG